AUGGCGGAUAAUAAAGUCAUCCCCGUCUCAGAACUCACCAAGUAUCCCUGCGAUACGCAGGAGGAGACAGAUCCUUCUUUAGGCCCUGUCCCGAUCUCCAACCGAGCCGGCACCACCAGCGAUAACAACCCAGACGAGCCCGACUCCAUCGUCGUCGGCUACGACGCCAUUGUUCCCCGCUGGGAUAUCCGUACCACCAAGGGAAGAGUCCUCCAAUACUUUGUGCAAGAAGACACCUUCACGUCUCCCGAGCAAGCGCGAAUCGCAGCUAAAGCCUUCCAGGAAGCCGCUGAUACAUGGAACGAGCUCGAGCCCGGCGUCUCCAUCUCCAAGACGAACAAUCAGGAUACCGCACACUUUUACCUCGUGUACAAGCCCAAUCCUACCGUGGGACCGGGCCGCAACACGCUGGCGCGCGCUUUCUUCCCGCAUGAAGUCGACCAGGACGUCAUUGUCUUCUCGCGCGCCUUCGAUGCGGACGCCGUGCCCAUCUUGAAGAACAUCUUCCAGCACGAAAUAGGGCAUAUACUCGGUUUGCGCCAUGAAGGCCCAACGAAAGACCCUAAGCCGAUUAUGAGCUGCAACUUCCCACCCACAAUGCAGGACAUCGAUCGUGAGCAGAUUGCUAAGUUCUACAAGCUGAGAAAUGGGUAUAAGAUAACAGGUGGUCCAGUCACUGACGUUCAGCCUCAGAUUCGACGGAGGAACAGGUAA